UUGAGAUAAGGCACCACUUCAUUAGAGAACAUGUUGAGAAGAAGACCAUCAAGUUACAAUACAUUCCCACAGAAAAGCAGUUGGCUGACAAAAUACAGGGAAAAUGAAGAGAGAGAACCUCAUCCGUCUCUCUAAAAAACCAGUGUGCUAUUAACACCGUACAUGGAAUUCCGGCACCCAGUACACCAUCGGAUUCCUCACUACCCUAUCCUUGAAGACUACCACUCAAAUCAAGUGCACUACUAUGGACAUCGACUCAUCAACAGGAACCACCGCCAACGUUGGUAUGAGCACCCCCGUUCCAGGCACUCAGCUGGCACCUUCACGAGGAGCAAAUUGAACACACCUAGAGCAGGUAAUAACUUCUACACCCGUCACUGCGAUAGUUCCAGUUUUUAUCCAACCCGUUGGAUUAGACAUCCUGAGUAUCAUUUCAGACCUCACACUCAUGACUCAUGGAGUCCCUCAAUUCGAGCACAGGCAGGAAGACACUACAGAACCUACGAAACUCCAAUUGAGCACAAAACUAAACUCGACUUCGAUUAUGGACCGCACCACCGGGACCAUCGUGGUGAUUAUCUUUAUUCUAAACAGCUCCGGGCAAUUCACCAAAACUCACCCAUUAGAUCCCAAUCCGGGGAAUCCGACGAUGGCUGGUGUACGAUUCACAGGGGACGAAGACACACCCACCCCAAUCAACACCCCCCUCUCUUCAACAUAAAAACCCAAAUGGAAAUCCUGGUGUUGGUAAUUUUAAUCGUUACUAGUGCUUAGAACUUGAUGGAAAUCCUAUUUCAACACAACCCUUGGAUUCUAACUUCGAAUCAGUUAAGCCCCCCAUCCCCAACUUAAACCAGCUAAUUAGUAAGAAACACAACGGAAAUGGGGGAAAAGUCACAAGUGUCGAACGAAAUCGACGUUCUGAGAACCCAACCACAUCAGAUUACGGCAUCCUAAGCCGUAGGCUGGAAACCACCAUGCUGGACCCCCGACCGGUUACGCCGGUAUUUUCUUCCAUUCUGAAGACUUGGACAGAAGCCCCAUUCGAGUCAGGGGCGAGACCAACGACCGACAACUCCUGCGGUGAAAGCCAGAUUGCGGUACAGACAACGUCUGCCAAUUUUUCAUCCUUCACAUGGGCUAACCUACUCAGGCCUGAAACAAAAAAUCUGAAAGAUAAGGUAAAAACGGGACAAGUUAAUUAUGACUCAGCCUUGGACCAAGCAGAACUAAUUCGGGCAGAAUUAAUUCAGGCAACACGAGAUGUUUUACCCAACAAUGCAGAAAAAUUCAUAUUCUAUGGGGAGGAGGGUUUUGAUUCGAUCAAAAUUGGAUCUUCUCUCUCUCCAGAUUCACCGUCAGUAAUGGAAGAAUUGACAUUUUCGAAAUUAAAAAAUUCACACUGUUCAGGAUUAAUUUCAACUCUCAAAUUUUAAUUCUAGGUAGAGCAGGAGUUUUGGCGGUUACCUCAUAUUUCAACAAAGCAGGUCGAUACUUCAAAAUCACUAAAAAAAGGGAGCUCUAUUCUGUUCCACAUGGCCAUAGAGAAUUCCAAUCUAAAAGCUUUUUUGGCAGUGUUUUCUAAUUUAAUGGGAUUGACUACUUGUUGGGAAUAUUUUAUGGUGUUCAAUCUAGUUAGUUAUCUUUAUAUUUGUGUAGUUAUUAAUUAAUCGUGUAAUACGGGCCACAAAUGUGUAUCAGCCCGUGAGCUUCCUUGUAACCCGUAAGUUAGCUAAGUUCUCCUAUAAAAGGAGGCUAACUUACGGGAACCAAAUCUAAUCGUAAGAGGCUUAGAGACGCAGAGGCGAGAUAGAGAGAAAUUAGGGUUGCCGCUGCUCUCCUUCUCCAGGGAGAGUAACGGCAGGUUCAUACGGUAUACCAGAUUUGCGUUCAAUCUUGUCGAUUUCUUUCUAUCUGCUUCUUAUUCUUCUUGUUAUGAUUGUUGUAUGUUAAAUUCUGGGAUUCACAUUUGGUAUCAG